ACUGAGAUAGUGAACACAGAAUAGGAUUUGGUUUGAAAAGGUAUGGGGAUGAGUGUAAUUUUUGAAUUUUAUAAUGCAGGUAAGAAAUUCAUUUCUCUGAUUUACUAAAACUCCUAAAAAGUAAUAAUGACUUAUUUCCCUCAUCCAAAGGAAUCUUUUUAGUGACUUUGGUGUUUCUCUUUCCCAGGUCAUGAGUCUUAAUUGUUCCAUGUGGCAGGACAACAGCAUGUCUGUCAAACACUUUGCAUUUGCCAAAUUCUCUGAGGCCACUGAACAGUGUUUCCUUCUAUUUUCCCUCAUCCUACUCAUGUUCUUAGCAUCACUGACAGGCAAUGCUCUCAUAGCCCUUGCUAUCUGGACCAACCCAGUCCUCCACACCCCCAUGUACUUUUUCCUGGCCAACUUGUCUCUCCUGGAGAUCGGCUACACUUGCUCAGUCAUACCCAAGAUGCUGCAGAGCCUGGUGAGCGGGGCCCGAGGAAUCUCUCGGGAGGGUUGUGCCACACAGAUGUUUUUCUUUACAUUGUUUGCUAUCAGUGAAUGCUGCCUUUUGGCAGCCAUGGCAUUUGACCGCUACAUGGCCAUAUGCUCCCCAUUGCACUAUGCAACACGAAUGAAUCGUGGAGUGUGUGCCCACUUGGCAAUAGUUUCUUGGGGAGUAGGAUGCAUGGUGGGCCUGGGGCAGACAAACUAUAUUUUCUCCUUGGACUUCUGUGGCCCCUGUGAAAUAGACCACUUCUUCUGUGACCUCCCACCUAUCCUGGCACUCGCCUGUGGGGACACAUCUUAUAAUGAAGCUGCAGUCUUUGUCGUGGCAAUCCUUUGCAUUUCCAGCCCAUUUUUACUGAUCAUUGCUUCCUAUGGCAGAAUUCUAGCUGCAGUGCUGGUCAUGCCCUCACCUGAAGGCCGCCGUAAAGCUCUCUCCACCUGUUCUUCCCACCUGCUUGUAGUAACACUCUUCUACGGCUCAGGAUCUGUCACCUACUUGAGGCCCAAGGCUAGCCAUUCACCAGGAACAGAUAAACUCCUAGCUCUCUUCUACACAGUGGUGACAUCCAUGCUGAACCCCAUCAUCUACAGCUUACGGAACAAGGAAGUUAAGGCAGCUCUCCAGAGAACCGUGGCAAGAAAAAAAUUUUGACCCAUAGUUAGGUACCAGAGGACUUUGAAAAUUUGCUUCCUGGAAAAGAUGUACAAAUAGCCUAAAAGUUAACAAACAAACAAAAAGCUGUGUACUCGCCCACAUGUCUUGUAAGGAGCUUCUUUAGUUACAGUGAUGGUAAUUUUUGAGUCAUCUCUGUACUUAGAGUAUAAAAUUACCAGUUUACACCUCAGAAGCCUGGCAAAUUCUUACUCUACACUCUUAGGCAUUUUCUAGCCCCUGACGGGCCUAUCUGACUUUUGCUUUGGUCACAAGGGGGUGUGUUCUUAAAGGUGCCUGUCCCCUAUGAUUCUUAAUUACCUAGUAAUUCUAGAAAGUUUAUUAUUUCCUUUCAUAAGAAUGUCUUAAAAUUCAACUUUAAUUAUUGGUACAUAAUUACAAAUAAUUAUUUUUGUGAUUUGAGUGUAACUAUAAAAUAUGUAAACAUUUAAAUAAAAGCACCUUCUUAAGUUUCAGAAGCAUUUGUUACAGAAUAUUAAAAGAAAAAUAUGGGCAAUAUUUACUGAGAGUUCUCAUGGUAAAAUGUUUUUAAAAAGAGAAAUAGUAUUAAAAUGCAAAGAUGGAGAAAGAAAAUGGAACUAAAAUUAAUAUAAACUUUUAAAAAUGUAAUUUAAAAAUGUAUAUAUGUGCAGAUGGAUCCUGAUGCAAUAGAUUUGGAGAUCAUCCAAAAACUUGCUCUUCAGAGGACUGAACAUGGUUAUAGCACAAUUCAGUAGCUCUAGGCACCUACAGAGGCAUUGCCUUGGAUUUAAACGUCUAGUUCUCAGAAAGGGGCUCUGUUAACAUUUGAUCUAUGAGGAAUUAACAACUACUCAUAUAAUAGUUGUAAUAGAAGAAACAGUGGAGAAUUGUGAUACUUCCAUGAUCUUGCUUAAGGUUAUCUGCCAAAUAGAGAGAUGUAAUCUUCUCUCAGAAUGUGGUUUUUCUACUAUUGGGGAAUAAUGGUGAUGCUCACUAAUGACCAAGGUGUAUGUUUUGCUGGAUAUUCCAAUUUUAUGAAAACCUGACUUAUUAAUGUAAAUGUAAAACUGUGGUUUUUAUUUAUACUGUGUGUAUAGUAAUUGACAAUGUAAAUAAUCUGAACAGGCAAGAAUAACUGACCAGUUAACACAGACUACAAUUAAAAACAGAAAUUAUAUUUAGUUAUUAGAUAAUUUAUAAGUAUGUUUAUAAGCUUAGAAAGAAAUGUAAAUGUGAUUUAUUAAGUGAUGGAGCAUGUUUUAAUAAUUGUAUAGUAUGACCUCUUGUUUUUGCAAGAACUUUAUAUAUAAAUUUGAGUGGAUCCAAAUGAUAUGUCAACAGUAGUUUCUUUAGGCAGUUAUAUUACUGGUAAA